AUGGGGAAGCCUGCACAGGCACAGACGGAGAAGGUGGCUGGUGCUGCUGCUCAGGCCGCUGGUGCACCCGGAGGCAUUAGAAAUCUCGUGAUCGCCGGAUUUCUCUCGGUAUCGGUGUCAGCCCGUGUGCUGACACUCGAAAUAUCCGGGACGGAUGCCGGAGACUGCACAACGCCAUGUAGAAGCCUCGACUAUGCCAUCCGGCAGCUCUCCCCAGGAGACCGGGUACAGGUUGGUGCGGGCACCUUUUCUGGCUCGUUGAACCGUAAUCUGAGACCCAGCGACGUGGGCGUAGCAAACUUCUCAAUCGAAGGCCGCUCCACGGAUUCGACUAUUUUUGACUUGGAGAGAGCCGGCCGAUUCAUGUACUUGGAUGCAGCUGCAGGAGAGGUUGUCAUUCAGAGGCUGGCCAUCCGCAAUGGGCUCUGCGCCGCACUUCCUAGUGAUCGCAAUGGUGCCGGGUUUCAGCUUGUACAGUCGUCAGCGAAGUUGCGUGACAUCCGGAUGAGUCAAAUGGACUGCAGCUUUGAGGGAACUCUUCCUCGUGAGUUUAAUGGAGGUGCCCUCUACCUAAAGGACUCCACGGCCUUGGUGCAAAACCUGCACGUCACCGACUCAGUGGCUAACCAUGGUGCCGGUGUGGGGUCAUGGGGAGCGGAUGCUUCCGUUAUUGAGGACUCCGCCUUUGAGCGGCUGAAGGGAGUUCACUGGGGCGGAGCGAUGCUGAUGGAGGAGCAUGCGCGAACCGAGUUCCAUCGCUGCUGGUUCUCACAAGGCCAUUCGCCCUAUGGAGGUAUACUGGAUGAUGGAGGUGAGGCAAGCCCCUUGUAUGUGGACUGCGUCUUCGAUCGUGGGACAGCACUCCAUGGCUCUAGCUACUACGGCUAUGGCACGUCAGCCACGAGGUUUUACAACACCACCUUUCAGAAUGGCCAUGCGACUUCUUCCGCAGCUCUGUACCUUUCAGCCACGGUCAGCCCCAUCUUCGAGAAUAUUACACUCGUGAACAACACGGCGAAUGUUGAUGUGGCCGGCGUGCGCAUCUUUGUCCCCACGGGCAUCACGUUCAAGAACUCUCGUUUCAUUGGUAACCGUGCUCCAUCCAGCGGUGCGGACGCGGCCAUCGUGGCGGGCGCCGGUGGCUUGAUUCUGGAGGACUGUCUCUUUGAAGGCAACCUUCCUUCGGAGCCUGGAGCUACCAUUGGCCUUCGGGUUGUUUCUGAAACAGAUGCCCCCAGCAUUUUCCGACGCGUUGUGUUUCGCAACAAUGGGCAAGCCGUGGUAAUGAAGGCAUCUCAUCGGGCUGGUGCAGUUAAUCGGGUCCACAUGGAAGAUGUGGUCUUUGAGCACAACGCGGCGAACGACUUUGGAGGGGCCAUUGAAGUGAAUGGUCAGGCUGAGCUUUUGGUCUGCAAUUCCAUCUUCCGGAAGAACUCUGCGCAAGGCAACGGCGGCGCCCUCGCCGUGUUUUCAACUGGUCCUGCAUACAUUGAGAUCCUCGACUCUGCUGGGAGUGUUUGUUUCGCUGGCGCGCAAGGUGGUGGGAUCUACUGCUCUGAGCUGGCGUAUUCCCCGGCGAGCCUCCGACUCCACGACGUCGUUGUGGUGGGCAAUGAAGCGCUUGGAAGUGGAGGAGGCCUGUCCCUCGACUGCGCCUCGUUGGAGUUGGCUGGCGGGGCGUUUUUGAACAAUACUGUCCCGUCCGGGAAGGGUGGUGCCCUGGAGCUCGGGGGCAUGCUGCGGUGCGCUUCAGAUCCGCUCUUCCGAGAUGUUGCUUUCAAGGGGAAUGCGGCGGAAACUGGUGCCGUAGUUUUCUUCAGCACCGCAUACCCGUCUUGUGCCGUCCCAGUCUUGGAAGAUGAUGGUUCGUGGAACUCAUCUGUGCUUUCUGCAUGGCAUUGGACAGAUUUCAGUGCUUCCGUGACGGGCAACUCAGCCACGCUCGGCAAGCUUCAGGCCACUGCACCCGUAUCCAUCGUUUGUCAAGGUCAAGCCUGCCAAGCAGGAAAUCUUCUGAUGUUGGAGGGCUUUCCUGGUAUGAGCUUGUCAUUUGGGGCCAUGCUCUUGGACAGUUUCCAGCAAAUGACGAUCGAUGACACGCUACAGGUCGAGCUGGUCGUAGUGCCUGGCUCGACUUGUUUACUGGAUGGAGUAUUGCAGCAUCGGAUUACUCAAGGCGUGGCAUCAAUCCAGUCAGUGAAGGUGCUUGCAUUGGCUGGGGCGACAUGGAGUUCCGUUUGCAAGUUGCUCGUGCGCCUGCCCCUUUCCAUCAUCACAUUGAGGACAGUGGUGCCAUUGGAAGUGCACGUGCAGAUGGGAGCCUCCGCAGUGACCUGCCCACUUGGAUGGAUUUCCUUCAGGGCAUCAAACAUGGCACAUUCUGCCUACGAGUGUCGAGCAUGCCCAGCUGGUAGUUUCGCUCCUCCUGGUUCCUCCGCUUGCGUGGCUUGCCCAGCCGGUCGUUACAACCAGGAAGCGGGCCAUGCCGACUGCCUCGUCUGUCCUGCUGGUUAUGGAUGCCCCGACGGAACAAGCAUACCGGCACCGUGCCCGCGCGGAUAUCAUCAAGACGAGGAAGGAGGCAGCAGUUGCUUACGCUGUCCCCUGGGAACCUACACCAGCGAGAUUGCCUCUGCGAACUGUACGGAGUGUGAUCUUGGAAUGGUCACGCUGGAAACUGGCUCAGACUCCCCUUCGUCUUGCAUGUGCUCUGCAAAUUCGUUCAUGGUGAGUGGAGCUGGAUGCACACCGUGCCCUGUCGGUAUGCUUUGCGAAGCUGGGCUGGGUCCACCGCUGCAACAGGCCGGCUACUGGGCCGAGAUCCAAGAUGCAAGCCGUGGAAUCUACUCGGUGCUGCAAUGUCGAAAUGCGAUGGAAUGUCCGCAGGGAGAGGCUGAGCUCUGCGCAGCUGGACGAACCAACUUGGCUUGCAACAACUGUUUGCCAAAGCACUAUCCAACAGGCCAUGGCGACUGCAAGCCUUGUGAAGACUACGACACUUUGGGGUUUUAUGUUGUAGUGGUGCUUCUCUGGUGCGGGGCUGCCAUUUUGCUGCGGGUUAUGAACACUGACAUGAACCAGUCCAGCCUGAGCAAGCUUACGAUCCUGGCUGUGGGGAACCAGUUGGUCAUGGUCGUUCAGACGUUCUCAACCAUUUCCAAGCUGAGUAUUGCAUGGCCAGAGCCUGUAAAAACCCUCAUUCAGUUCGCUGACCUCAUUGUGAUGAUCAACUUGGACAUUGUGAAGAUCGCGUGUGUCAGCCAGCAUGAUCACCCAGUGGUAAAACUUCUGGGGCAGCUACUGGCCUUUCCUGCACUGGCUCUUGGACUCGGCUCCGUUUGGUUGCUUCAGAGCUUCGACUGCAAACCAUCUCGCCUUGUUCCCGGCUUUCCCCCUUGUGACCGACAAGUUUCCAUCCGACCCGAAGUCAUGCGACUUGUCUCCCUCCGCCCUUGUUGGCUGCAUGUUUCGGUUGUAUCGGUGAGGUAUGAUGAAGCGAGUUGUCUCACUGUUCUGGGCUUCAUACUCUUUGCCUUCUUCUUGACUUUGUCGCUCGUGACUUUCUUGCCCUUCCAAUGCAUCGCGAACCCCAGUGGGACAAGCUCAAUGUCAAACAAUCCAGGGGUUCUAUGCUACCAGACCUCAGACCACCUGCUGCUGGUCAUCAUCGCGGGGGUCGGAAUCUUGAUCUACCCCGUGAGCAUCAUUGCGUGGGCUACAUGGACUACGUACCUCUACCCGUCUCGGACUGCUACAGGAAAGGGCCUUGCGAUGCUGUACCGCUACCGCUUUUUCUUUCAACGCUUUACUCCACAGUGCUACUUUUUUGGACUUUUCAUUCUCGUGCGCAAUUUCUUCUUGGCACUGUCGCCGAUUGUCCUGGUUCCAAUCCCAGCCUUGCAAAUUGUCACGGUUGGCACUAUGCUGCUGAUCAGCAUGGCGCUGCAGAUACGGCUGUGGCCAUGGCGUUCCCAUGUUUCAAAUCUCGCCGACCUCAUCAUGCUGCAGUUUGUCAUCAUCGUGCUGCUUGGUGUGUCCCCCCUUCUGGACAUCGAUGAGACGGAAGCUGCGUCUCUUCUUGGGAUUUUGUUGUGUAUACCUGUUCUGGCUCCACUGGCCAUCGUCAUCUUCGUGACGAUUUGGAUGGGCUGGCGCUCUAUGGAGAAGGCAGCCCGCUAUGACGUCUUCAUUUGUCAUCACAAAGGUGGUGCCGGAGCGUUGGCCCGCUACAUCAAGAUCAAGCUCACCAUGCACGCGACUUGCAAUGUUUUCUUGGAUGCCGAUUGCCUGGAGAGCCUGGAUGGCCGCUUCCCACUGCAAGUUACGCAGACAUCCGGCCGUUGGAGCUCCCGCGGUGUGUGGGAUUGUGGGAUGGUCAUCGAAUCGAAGAGUUCACACAAGAACCGCGAACACAACAAAGGCCUCUUUGACAUCGUGAAGGAGCAGACGAAGAGUUUUGUGGUCAUCUUGACUCAGGUCAGGUGCGAUGGUUUUGUUGGCUACAUGGAACACCAAAUUGAGAUGCUGCCGAAGCUUUGGUCUGCUGACCAAUUGCAUGCGCUUGGCCGUGACUGGGCCGAUUCGGCAAUAUGCCACGGAAUCAGCCCAUCGGACGUCGUGGAAGCCUACAAAGUUCUCCUGGCUCUGCACAGUGUGGCGAUGCCCCGCUUUGGCAGCGAUGAUCAGAAGCAUGCUUGCAUCGAGAACAUCGCCAUGAGAUGUGGGCUUUCGCGAAAGGCGUUCGGCGAAGAGACUCAGACCGGCAUCACCACCAGGGCUCGCAUCUUGGUGACUGGAGCUGUGACUGACGCAGAAGCCCUGAGCGUCAUCGAAAUAUGCCAACACAUGGUGCAGAUGCGCUUGCAAGUGAGCUGUGCCAUCGUCCGGACAGAGCUCCAGGUUCGCAAGAUGAUGUCCUAUGCAUCCUAUGUCGUGGUACUACUUUCGCGGGGGAUGCUCCGUGAUCCGUCUUUCGCGCGCCUUGUGCUAGCUGUCGCUACACCACAGCAAAGCGCUGUUGGAAUGGCUUCGAGGACGGCGUCGACUUCCUCGAUCAACUCCAGGCAAAGCCUGGAACUGGUCACCGUCAACGCCGACCCGAACUUCGAAUUUCCUGGCUGCUGUGCUGAAGAUCUGAAGGGUCUGACUUCUAUGACGAGGUGCGGAAUAACGGACUUGGCCUUGGGCAUCAGGCUCUAUGCUGCAGCUCUUGGCGCUGCCCAUCUCACCACACGGGUCGUCUUCACUGAUGGAAAAGCAGAUCGAGGAGAUCUGCAAGAGGCGCAUCAGAAAGGGCAGACUGCGGUGUUGCAGUCACUUCACAAUCCUGUCAUCCACCAUGUCCUGCGAUUCUUCAGGUUCAGGAAAUACGAGAACAGUGCGGAGGGAUUGGCCUUGGACUUGCAGCAAGACGAGUCCGUCGACCCUUUGAUCCAAGCAACUUUUAUUCGACUGAUACACCGAGCUCUGCCUCUGCAAGCCCCUCGUCUGUCCAGUCACAGCCAUGACAAUCUGCCUCCAGUGACCCCGAUGGAGUCCGUCCUGGAGGAGAUAGUGUUGCUGGAUCAUCCCAGAUGGGUUGUGAUGUUUUCGUAUGUUCCAAGAGACAACGAAAACGAUCCCACCCCGGGUCCCUUCAAAAAGAGAGCAGGAACGGAGCGAAAGCGAAAUGGCCCCCUGUCCGUGACAAUGAUCACAACCCAUCACGAGCGGUAUAGCACAGUCGUUCUGGGUCAGAAGCCAUACUAUUCGGGCAAGGAGCCGCGAGGCAGCGCAGAUUUUAUUGUUGCGCGGUUUGCGCAGACGCAGUCUGAGAUGUCUGAGCCAGAGGUUGAUGAGGAGACCAUAGAGCCGAAGGCCGACGCCCCUCACGCUGUUUUUAACAAACGGCGCUUGCCCAGCGACACUUCCGCCAGUCAAACAAAGGUCCAGGAAGGACGAGGUAUGCAAUGCUGCGGGUGCCCGCAGCUGGGAGAUGCGAUUUUCGUCCUGCUGCGCGGGCCGCAAUUGAAGUGCGAUACGAGGCUGUGCGCGAUCAACUCGCAGCACUUGAACAGCGAGUUCUUGAGGAGACCUUUGAGCGGGAGUCCUCUUGACCAGCCUGGCUGCGUCAAUGCAGAGGAAGUGCUAUUCCCCAUCCAAGUGGCAGCGGAUAGUCCUCAACACGUAAUUGCCGGCAGCAGUUUACGACAAAAUGCUUAUGUCCCUGCCGAGAUCAUGGCAAAGCAGAGCGCGUGUAAAGGCGAGACGAGCGAGGGGAGUCUGCCACGAGAAGGGCCCACGCUGAGGGUGUCGUUCUGCAAGACGGCAACGAGUGUAAGCACGAAGAGGGGUUCUGGAACUCCGAUCAAGCUUGCAAAGUCGGUGACGACGAUUCAGGUGGAUGAGAUGGCACUGCCGUGGCACAGACGCAUCUGUCACCUCUUAGUGCGCAAUGCGCGCUUUGAGCUGCUGGUCAUGGCCACGUUGCUGGCAUCUUCAGCAACCCUGGGUGUGGAAACGCACAUGGCAAUGCAGGACAUUCACUCAGAGCCGCACGUCUUGUUCCGCAUCUUUGACGUCACAUGGUGCGUGGCUUUCCUGUUGGAGCUCUUCGUCCGUGUACUUGCUGACGGCGUGAUGUUCUUCAGCACGAGCAACCCGGAGUGGGGCUGGAACUGGACAGAUACCUUCUUUGUCGCAAUCUCAACUGCGGAUGAAGCGAUUGUGCUUCUAGGUUUCGCCAUCGAGCUUUCUCAAUUCCGACUCCUGCGAAUGAUCCGCCUGGUUCGAGUCCUGAGAUUGCUACGAGUGGUUCGUUUCUGCAGCGACCUGCGCAUGAUGGUCAACGGGAUUGCAGGGUCUGUGCGAGUCCUUUUCUGGGCCCUGAUACUUCUGGCGAUAGUCAUGUUCAUUUUCGGCGUGACCCUCAUGCAACUGGCAUACGCCCAUCUCAAGACAGAUGAGGGUGGAGCGGAUGAUGUGAUCAAGUUCUACGGCACAUUGGGCAGAAGCAUGCUGACACUGUUCAUGGCCAUCUCAGGAGGUAUCGACUGGAAGGAUGCUGUUUCUCCACUUGGGCCGAUGAGUUGGCUCAUCGACUACUUCAUGGGCGUCUACGUGUUCUUUACCUUGUUCUGCUUCAUCAAUGUAAUAACAGGAAUUUUUGUGGACAAUGCGAAGGCACUGGGCGAAACAGAACAAAUGCAUCAGCGCUCGGCGCUGAGUCUCAAGCGCAAGAUGUGGGUCAAAAAAGUGCUGGCUCUAUUCUCUCAGCUAGACUCCGGCCAAGAGGGAGAUCUCUCUUAUGAGGAGUUCGCUGCGGAGAUACAGGAUGAACGGGUUCAGGACUGCUUCCGGCAUCUGGGGAUCAACGUGGAGAACCACACCGUGGAUGAGCUUUUUGACCUUUUCGAUCGGGAUGCUGAUGGAAAAAUCGAUCAAUCAUCGUUUGAGCAGGCGAUCCGACAAUUUCAUGGUCAUGCGAGAAGCAUCGACGUUUACAAGCUUCGGCGAGAGACGCAAAAGAUCGCCAAGCAGGUUCGAUCCCUGCACAAAGCACUGGACCCGAACAGGCGCGUUGAGUCAUAA